AUGCGAAUAUCCGGCUCUGCUGCGGUUCUACUCUUUAGUCCCGCACGUUCUGUGUUUCCAUACCCAGUGGCUGGGGAUGUCGGCCGAUAUGUCUACGACGAAAUAGAUGUGGAAUCAGUUAUCGACGCCAACCAAGAACAAAAGUUGACCAAUUCCAUUACUGGCGCGCUCGCUGACGCGCGCGCACAAAAAGAACAGGCUUUAAAGCAAUCUUUGGGAAUAGCGGACACAUCGACGACUGGCGGAGAAGCGGACAAGUUGGGGACAAGUAAACGAACGAGUGUGCCUGGCAAGGGAGUGUUCUCAGUGGUUGAUACGAUUGGUUUAUUGGUAUCAAUUGUUGCGUUCUUCAAUUACAGUGCGCCUCAGAUGCAGCCUUUGUUGUCGGCCUGGUUCACUAGCUACGCGGCAUUCUACCUGGUAUGGAGCGCCUUGGAUAACAUGAUACCUUCAAUGCUUUCGAAUUAUUCGUUUGUUCUGUAUCUGGUAUCCCUUUCUGUUGCUGGCUGUGCGUCCAGAGUAGCUCCCGUCUCUCAAGAGAUCUAUGUUCUACGACUGGCUGCGGUCUACAUUGCAGAGGUCCUGGUCGGAAUUGUGGGUAUUGAAUACUGGGCGGUGAAUCUUCUCAUAGUGCUGGCUGCCCCCAUGCUGGCCUCUCCCAUGGUGACCGUUCCUGUGCUUGGGACAUUGAAUUUCCCAUUGACAACGGAGCUGGCAUGUUCGUGCUAUGGCAUCGUAGCCUCCAUCAGCAGCCUCUCAUGUCUCCAGCUUCAACCCUUUGCAUUUCUAGAGAAUUUGAUGCCUACUCUGAAAUCUUCCCUGCCGUGGAAUUGGACUUGGCUGCUUAGCCGGCUUGGCCGGUUUGUUGUACUGGCUGCUCUUUCAGCGGCAUUCAACCUUUACCGGUAA